UGGGCAGGAAAAAGAAACUUGUGAGAAAUCGAAACUGCACAGCAGAGCUGGUCGCAGAGAAGAGCCCACUGUCCAGACCCACAGUGUGUCCUGCAUCAGCACCAUGAGCCACACAGCCCAGACCAUCUUCUCCCAGGCAAACAUCAGCCUCCCCCCAAACUAUGAAAAGAUGCAGGAGGAGCAUGAGGUGGCCGUGCUAGGGGCCACCCAGAACCUGGUUCCCGCAACAACCACUGUGAUCAACAUCCGCAGUGACACUGCUGUGCCUGACCAUGUGGUCUGGUCCCUCUUCAACACGAUCUUCAUGAACGCCUGCUGCCUGGGCUUCAUAGCCUUCGCCUACUCCAUAAAGUCUAGGGACAGGAAGAUGGUGGGCGAUGUGAUUGGGGCUCAGAGCUACGCCUCCACCGCCAAGUGCCUGAACAUCAGUGCCCUGGUCUUAAGCAUUGCUCUGACCAUUGGCCUCAUCGUUGUGUUUGCCUUCACCUCCGUGCAGUUGUUCAAGGCGAUAUCUGACCUUCAGGGCCACUAGUUCUGCAUAUCCUUCCCUGCACA